CUUCCUCUUCCGCUAACUUCCCGGCAGCGCGCCACUCAGGGUGGGGGCCCCGAGGGCUGGGGCCGUCGGCUUCCCCCUGGGGUUCCCCCGCUUCAGAGAAAGCCAGGCGUUAGGCGCAGCCAAAGUCGAGUGGCAGCGGAAGCUCCCGGCCCGGGGUGGCGCUGGAUCAGCGGGUACCUUCUCGGUGGUCCCCUGGCAGGCCAAACUCGCGCCUGGUGGCCUGUCACCCCGCUCCCCGCCCUGAGUGAGCCUGUCCCCUCUCGGGGGCGCGCCCGAGUCGCUCCGGGUUGGCUGCGCCAGUCCAGAGUUAAACUUUCAGCCAAUGAAAAAGGGCGCGAGGCGUGACGCACGGAAACGUCAUGGGAAUUCCCCCCUCCGGGGGGCCGAGAAGGGGCUUUCCCGGCCCGAGCCCUGCUAGCCGGCGAGGUGUCGCGACCGGUUCCAGGUGGGUCGGGAGCGGAGAGAAGCCGCAACCAGAGCCACCGCCACGGCGGGCGCCCAAAAUUCUGGGAAGCAGAACCUGGCCGGAGCCACUAGACAGAGCCGGGCCUAGCCCAGAGACAUGGAGAGUUGCUACAACCCAGGUCUGGAUGGUAUUAUUGAAUAUGAUGAUUUCAAAUUGAACUCCUCCAUUGUGGAACCCAAGGAGCCAGCCCCAGAGACAGCUGAUGGCCCCUACCUGGUGAUCGUGGAACAGCCUAAGCAGAGAGGCUUCCGAUUUCGAUAUGGCUGUGAAGGCCCCUCCCACGGAGGACUGCCCGGUGCCUCCAGUGAGAAGGGCCGAAAGACCUAUCCCACUGUCAAGAUCUGUAACUACGAGGGACCAGCCAAGAUUGAGGUGGACCUGGUAACACACAGUGACCCACCUCGUGCUCAUGCCCACAGUCUGGUGGGCAAGCAAUGCUCAGAGCUGGGGAUCUGCGCCGUUUCUGUGGGGCCCAAGGACAUGACUGCCCAAUUUAACAACCUGGGUGUCCUGCAUGUGACUAAGAAGAACAUGAUGGGGACUAUGAUACAAAAACUUCAGAGGCAGCGGCUCCGCUCUAGGCCCCAGGGCCUUACAGAGGCCGAGCAGCGGGAGCUGGAGCAAGAGGCCAAAGAACUGAAGAAGGUGAUGGAUCUGAGUAUAGUGCGGCUGCGCUUCUCUGCCUUCCUUCGAGCCAGUGAUGGCUCCUUCUCCCUGCCCCUGAAGCCAGUCAUCUCCCAGCCCAUCCAUGACAGCAAAUCUCCAGGGGCAUCAAACCUGAAGAUUUCUCGAAUGGACAAGACAGCAGGCUCUGUGCGGGGUGGAGAUGAAGUUUAUCUGCUUUGUGACAAGGUGCAGAAAGAUGACAUUGAGGUUCGGUUCUAUGAGGAUGAUGAGAACGGAUGGCAGGCCUUUGGGGACUUCUCUCCCACAGAUGUGCAUAAACAGUAUGCCAUUGUGUUCCGGACACCCCCCUAUCACAAGAUGAAGAUUGAGCGGCCCGUAACAGUGUUCCUGCAACUGAAACGCAAGCGAGGAGGGGACGUGUCUGAUUCCAAACAGUUCACCUAUUACCCUCUGGUGGAAGACAAGGAAGAGGUGCAGCGGAAGCGGAGGAAGGCCUUGCCCACCUUCUCCCAGCCCUUCGGGGGUGGCUCCCACAUGGGUGGAGGCUCUGGGGGUGCAGCCGGGGGCUACGGAGGAGCUGGAGGAGGUGGCAGCCUCAGUUUCUUCCCCUGCUCCCUGGCCUACAGCCCCUACCAGUCCGGCGCGGGCCCCAUGGGCUGCUACCCGGGAGGCGGGGGCGGGGCGCAGAUGGCCGCCUCGGUGCCCGGCAGGGACUCCGGGGAGGAAGCUGCGGAGCCGAGCGCCCCCUCCAGGACCCCCCAGUGCAAGCCGCAGGCCCCGGAGAUGCUGCGGCGAGCCCGAGAGUACAACGCGCGCCUGUUCGGCCUGGCGCAGCGCAGCGCCCGAGCCCUACUCGACUACGGCGUCACCGCGGACGCGCGCGCGCUGCUAGCGGGACAGCGCCACCUACUGACGGCGCAGGACGAGAACGGAGACACACCACUGCACCUGGCCAUCAUCCACGGGCAGACCAGUGUCGUUGAGCAGAUAGCCUGUGUCAUCCACUAUGCCCAGGACCUCGGCGCCGUCAACCUCACCAACCACCUGCACCAGACGCCCCUGCACCUGGCGGUGAUCACCGGGCAGACGAGUGUGGUGAGCUUUCUGCUGCGGGUGGGUGCAGACCCAGCUCUGCUGGAUCGGCAUGGAGACUCAGCCAUGCAUCUGGCGCUGCGGGCAGGCGCUGGUGCCCCUGAACUGCUGCGUGCACUGCUUCAGAGUGGAGCUCCUGCUGUGCCCCAGCUGUUGCAUAUGCCUGACUUUGAGGGACUGUAUCCGGUACACCUGGCGGUCCGAGCCCGAAGCCCCGAGUGCCUGGAUCUGCUGGUGGACAGUGGGGCUGAAGUGGAGGCCACAGAGCGGCAGGGGGGGCGAACAGCCUUGCAUCUAGCCACAGAGAUGGAGGAGCUGGGGUUGGUCACCCAUCUGGUCACCAAGCUCCGGGCCAACGUGAACGCUCGCACCUUUGCGGGAAACACACCCCUGCACCUGGCAGCUGGACUAGGGUACCCGACCCUCACCCGCCUCCUUCUGAAGGCUGGUGCUGACAUCCAUGCUGAAAACGAGGAGCCCCUGUGCCCACUGCCUUCACCCCCUACCUCUGAUAGCGACUCGGACUCUGAAGGGCCUGAGAAGGACACCCGAAGCAGCUUCCGGGGCCACACGCCUCUUGACCUCACUUGUAGCACCAAGGUGAAGACCUUGCUGCUAAAUGCCGCUCAGAACACCAUGGAGCCACCCCUGACCCCGCCCAGCCCUGCAGGGCCGGGACUGUCACUUGGUGAUACAGCUCUGCAGAACCUGGAGCAGCUGCUAGACGGGCCAGAAGCCCAGGGCAGCUGGGCAGAGCUGGCAGAGCGUCUGGGGCUGCGCAGCCUGGUGGACACAUACCGACAGACGGCCUCCCCCAGCGGCAGCCUCCUGCGCAGCUACGAGCUGGCUGGCGGGGACCUGGCAGGGCUACUGGAGGCCCUGUCUGACAUGGGCCUAGAGGAGGGAGUGAGGCUGCUGAGGGGUCCAGAGACCCGAGACAAGCUGCCCAGCACAGAGGUGAAGGAAGACAGUGCAUACGGGAGCCAGUCAGUGGAGCAGGAGGCAGAGAAGCUGGGCCCACCCCCUGAGCCACCAGGAGGGCUCUGCCACGGGCACCCCCAGCCUCAGGUGCACUGACCUGCUGCCUGCCCCCAGCCCCCUUCCCGGACCCCCUGUACAGCGUCCCCACCUGUUUCAAAUCUUAUUUAACACCCCACACCCACCCCUCAGUUGGGACAAAUAAAGGAUUCUCAUAGGAAGGGGAGGACCCCUCCUUCCCAACUUA